CUAAAGCUGUACGCAUGCGCAUUAAGCAGUGUUACACUGCGGAAGCGGAAUUGUUGUAGUGUGAUUCCAGCGUGUCUUUCCACCCGGAGCGGGAUGCUGAAGUUUUCCUUAAAACUUUCGAAGUAGUGGUCAUUGGUGUUUUAAUGUCACAUUUUACAUUAUAAAUGAUGCAUAUGAUAACUUAAUUGGAGCUGUCAGCAUAGCUCCAGAAUGAAGAUGACAUGCAAAUUGAUGAGAAUUUUACCAAAUGCUUUAAAGACUACCACCGGGUGCCUUUUCGGAAUUAAAAUUUCACUCGCUUGUAGAUGCUUUACUAAUGUGUUACAGAACCAAAGGCAUGUUAGUAAGCGAUUGUAUAGCAUUAAUUUGGAUCCGUUAUGGAGACGGAGCUGCCUAAAACAAAGGCAAACAAUGUCUUAUUUAUGUUGUCGUUGUUUAACUGAUAGUUUACAAGCUACUCUGGCCAGCGUGGCACCGGUGUUUGCUGUGACCAAUACGCUACAUUCAAGACUCAGUGCACUGCAGCCACAGAUCCUUGAAACAUUAGAAACACUGGUGGAUCCAAAGCUGUUGUCAGUGGAUCGAAGCAGACUGCAUGUAUUACUUCAAAACAGCAAAAACCUGUCCGAACUGGAAACAGAUAUUAAAGUGUUCAGAGAAGCACUUCUGGAGAUUUUAGAUGAUGAAGAUUUAAUAGAGAAUCUUUGCCUUUCCAAAUGGAGUGAUCCUCAGAUUUUUGAAGAGAGUACUUCAGGGAUUGAUCUUGCGGAGGAAAUGGAGCUGCUGUUGGAAAACUGUUACAGACAAGCAGAAGAUCUGGGUAAUGCUGCAAGGGAACUCAGACUCCUGAUAGAUGACUCUGAAAGCAUUGUUUUCAUAAAUCUUGACAGCCAUCGCAACGUGAUGAUGCGUUUAAAUCUGCAGUUGACUAUGGGAACAUUUUCAAUUUCUCUCUUUGGAUUGCUUGGAGUAGCAUUUGGAAUGAAUUUAGAAUCUUCAUUUGAAGAGGAUCCUCGGGUGUUUUGGCUGAUAACAGGAAUUAUGUUUUUAGGAAGUGGGCUUAUUUGGAGACGGCUACUUUCAUUUCUUGGUCGGCAUUUACACACCCCUUCACCACCACCUGUGUCAUCUGUACUAAAAAUGUCUCAACUGAGCAGUGGAAGGUCGGAGGUGAAAAACAGCCUUAGAACAACUGCUUCUGGACAAGGAAGAAGUCCAUUCUCAAGUCGAUAGAGACACUGGGUUUUUCUUUUCAUUCUCAGUCACCAAGUGAAAUUGCUUGUCUGGCUUGCCGCCUUUUAAUGAAAGCAAUCACUGAAUGCUGCUAUUUAGUUGUGCAAUAUGGCAGUCUUAGUGUAGGUCAGGCUGUGUUGUAUGUUUCAAUGAGUAAAUGCUGAGUGUUCCAGGACAGUAAGCAUUUUUUGCUAUAUUGUACAGUUGGACUGAUAUUUUUUUCCAGAUAUGUAAAUUUUUAUAAAUAGCUCAUAUAACCAGUCUAUUGUGGAGCAUUCUUUUAUUCUAUGCAAGAUAGUCCUAUUUAAAACCUUUAGGGGAUUUUCUGCUGCACAGAUAUACAGUGGAAUAUCUAACUACAUUAAUUUGUUUAUUUGCAGAGUUUUAUGGUUUCAUUGCAAAGGCUGUUAAGCUAUGAUUGUGUUAUAGUUCUGAAUACCCACCUACAAUGUUAUGAGUGAUGAGGUACUUGUACCAAGUCCAGUUAAGGAAUAAAACACACUGCAUAAUUUUCUUACCUUGUACAGUAUGGUAGGUCCAUUUUAACUAGGGCAUUGCCCAUUUACCUCCAUUGCAGCAUUUUGGAGUCCUGUUGACUUAAGAAACAAUAUUUUUGUACAUAUUUUAUAACUAUUAAAGUAUCAAUGUGUAUAUAUUUUA